UGUACAUUUUGCCCAGGCUUGAGCGGCUGCUUCCUUUAAUCUUCAACAGAUGCUUCGGGGAGGGGCUGGAGGAGGGAGUUUCCAUCCAUCCACCCUGGAAUCCUUCCCAUUCCCUGUACGGUGUCGGCCCAGCAUAUCUGAUGGAGCGCCUCCACCGUCACAAAUUGAGCCGCCCUACAAGAUCUGCCACGCAGGGCCUUCUCUCAGUUCCACCAACUAAAGUGGCUAGGUUGGUGAGGACUCGAGGGAGAGCUUUCUCUGUGGUGGCCCCCUUGCUCUGGAACUCCCUCCCAAUAGAUCUUCGUCAUGCCCCUUCCCUGGAUAUAUUUCGCCGGGGCCUGAAGACUUGGCUGUUUAAUCAGGCCUUUGCAACCUUUGAGACCUCUAAGGUCACAAGCUAUGGGGAGCGUUGUCGAGCCCCUCACUCCAUUGUGCCGAGCGUACAUCUAUGCCAUCCACGGAUACUUCUCCGAAAUUAUCUUCCAAGCCAUCAUCUUGGAUGAGGAAUGGACCUUCGGGGGGGCGACCAGCUUGUUAUCCCUCUUCCUUUACGGGACCUGCGGCUUCGCCUUAGAGCGCAUCUACGUCCUGCUGAGGGGCAACUGCUGCCUCCUGACCCGCACCUCCCUCUACACCCUUUGCAUCUUCCUCUGGCAGUUCACCACAGGCUCCGUCCUCCGUUGGUUCAACGCCUGCCCGUGGGACUUCAGCGCAUUUCACUACAACUUCAUGGGCCUCAUUGCCCUGGAGCACAGUCUCAUCUGGUUCGUGGGCGCCCUCCUACUGGAAAAGGCGAUUAUCUGCAAUGUGCUGAGGCUCCGGCUGGACAAGCCCUGGAAAUCCAAAGAGUGCCCCGUUCCCAGAUUUGAACUCAGAGAUGACUGACUUUGGGCUGGCUCAGAGAGGAGAGCAAGAGAUGAGAUGAUGGGUGGUCUCCAUCUUCCUCCUUCUCUUGAGCCCAUCCUGAUACCACCAUCCCCUCCUCCUGGCCUUGGAUUGAUUCCCACACCUUUCAUCUCUCCCUUUUUCCAAGGUUGGGGAAAGGUUUUGGGGGAAAGACACAGCAUGUAGCUUUCUCCCGGAGCCCUAAGCCAGCGUGCUGUCAUGGUGAGAGCGUUGGGCCAUGGUCAGGGAGACUCCGGUUGAAACCCUCACUAGGAGCCACAGGCUUGCUUGGGUGACCUUGGGCUACUCAGGAUCGCACCGCCAAACUUAUUUACAGGGUUGUUGUCAAAACAGAGGGGUGGGGGAGAAGCAUUAACACCUUCUUAAAGCACAUGACUUCCCCCAAAGAAUCCCGGGAACUAGGGUUUCCCCCUCACAGAGCUAGGACCACUUUCACACCAUAUAUUUAUUGAACAGUUAUUCCAUCUUAAACGGUCAUGACUUCCCCCAAGGAAUCCUGGGAGCUGUAGUUUGUGAAGGGUUCUGGGAUGAUUAGGAGGCACCAAUUGCCCUCACAGAGCUAUAAUCCCCAGAGUUCUCUGGGAGGAGGGUCUGACGGAUAAACCACUUUGUCGAUUGUAGCUCUGUGAGGAGAAUAGGAGUCUCUUAACAAUUCUCAGCAUCCUUCACUAACUACAGCAUUCUUUGGGGAAGCCGUGACUGUUUGAAGUGGAAUACUAGUGGAAUAAAUACAUGGUGUGUGAAUGUGGCCCUACAGAUUCCCAGCACCCUUAACAGUACAUGAUUAUUUGGGUGAUGUCAUGUGCUUUAAAUGAGCACUGGGUGUGCUUGAAAUGUGUGGUGGGGACCUGUAGGCCCCAAGCCACUUUUGGAUGACCCAGUUAGACUUUCUACAUGCUCAGGAUGGGAGGGAAGAGAGCAGGUGCAGGGUGUGGACUCCUGACCUUCCAAACAGGAUCUGCAACAGCUUAAAAAGACAUGGGUGGUGUGUACAAGCAACCCCUUAUUUUUUUUGGGGGGGAGGGAUUUCUAUAUUAGGGUUGGGUGGCAAUUCUCAAUGCACAACCCUGUUUUAAUUGUUAUGCCACCAUGGUGGGUGGGGUUCAAUGUAGCAAAAUGUGCCCCCCCCAAAGUUGCAAAGACCUCUUAAUGGAUCUAUUCUGGUUUACAUUCAUAAUUGCCAGAGACGGUGGGUAAAGGGUUGCAGCCUUAGGCCCGUCUGUGAGAGCUGGUCUGGGGUCCUGGCUGAAACAUGCUGAACCAGAAAACCAGGAAGUCCCCGGUUCAAAGAUUGCCUCUGCCAUGAACCCAGAAGGUCAGCCUCUCCCAACCUGGCACCCUCCAGAUGUUUCGGCCCACAAGUCCCAUCAGCCCCAGCCAGCAAUUUCUUAGCACUCUGCCCCAGGACCCCUCCAUAUCUUUCCUCCUCCAAGGGUCCCUCCUCUCCUAGCACUUUCUUAAGUUUGACUCCUUUUCUGCCUUUCCUAUCACGUCUCACUAAAGUCUGUGUAGGCAGGCAGUUUAGAGUGGAUUUGAAUCAUCCCAUGUUGUACAUGAUUUUCUCGCCAUCCACAUAACAUUGUCCUCAUCCCCCCCCCAUUUAAUUCAGAUUUUCCUGAUCCACAGAUAAUGCAGUAAGGAAAAAAACACAACAUAUCCAAGCACAUUACGCAAAUGUGGAUGUACUAAAGAGCAUGAUAUGGGUGGGUCUUGGUUGUGUGUUUUUACACGAGUCGUGAUGCUUUGCUGGGUGCCUUAUAUCAAGACACCCCCUACUUCCACUGAUGAGUCCCUGUUGGCAGGCUGCUGGUGGGACUGGGCCCAACAUAGGUGCUAGGGAUGCGGGUCUGUCAGCCAGGGGUGAGCAAGCUGAGGACAAGAUUCUGGCUUAUUAAGCCAUUGAUGGAGUGUGCCAGCUUACUGGUGGGGAAGAAAAGUAUAGCUGCUGGAUGGUUUCAACACAAUACAUCUCCAAAUCCCUGGCCAUGGACAUACAACUUGUGCUACUGCAGAUCACUUUGCGCAUUAUCCUCAGGAUGACUGUGUUACCCUUUGUUGUUGUGGCUGUUGUGUGGGGGUGGAAUGAUUAUGGGUGCUCCCCGGUGGGAGGAGGGAGCUCAAGGGGUGGGGUGGGGGUGUAGUGUUGCCCAACCUUUGGUGAGAGUGUAGGUCGGGGUGGUAGCAGCGGAAGUGGAAGUGAUGGUGUGACCUGUACACACACACGGGGUUGUUUGUCUUCCUGGUAUAUUUAUCUUUUAAUCUGUUAGUAGUGAUUAUGAUUUAUUCUGUUAGUUAUUUUAGGUUAUAUUAAUAUUUAAUAAGAUUUUUUAAAAAAUGUUUUGUAAUGUGUUAAAUGCGUAAUUUGGUUUUUAUGAUGUUUCAUGUUAAUAUUUAAGAUGGUUUCUUUUAAAUGUUUUGUAUUGUUUUAAAUGUGUAAUUUUGUUUGAUUUGUGUUUUUUUUUACAACAUUGUAAAGCACUUAGAGGCUUCUGUUCAAGUAUGAAGCGGUAUACAAAUUAAGUAAAUAAAUAAAUAAAUAGGGCUGGGGGAAUUAAAUUCAGGUUGCAGUUUAAGACAAAUUUAUCGAAUUUGCACUUUGUGAAAGUGUGAGAAUCAAAACACUCCCGUCCUUUGAAAUUUGCACUUAUUUGAAUUUUGCAAUGCAGUUUGCAAUGCAGUUCGCCAACCAAUGUUUACAAAAAUGCAUAUAUUAGGAGAAAGUAUGCAUAAAAAUGAAUAAUGAAAUAACAUACAAAAUUGCAUUAGAUGAAGAGAAAUUGCUUGAAAAAAAUGUGUACAGUAGUCAGAACUGCCUGCAAAAAUGUGUUUAU